GGGUGUCUGGACUGGAACCUCCGGGCCCACAUGUCAUGGACAAUAUUACUAGGCAGAACCAAUUCUACGAGACCCAGAUCAUCAAGCAAGAAAACGAGUCAGGCUACGAUAGGAGACCACUAGACAUGGAGCCACUUCAACAGACCUAUCGCCCAGAAGUGAAGACAGAGAUGAAGCAAGAAGCACCCCCCAGCUUUCUUCCACCAGAAGCUUCUCAACACAAGCCAGACAGACAGCAAUUCCAGAGUAGAAAGAGGCCUUAUGAAGAAAACCGGGGACGUGGAUACUUCGAGCACCGGGAGGACAGGAGGGGCCAUUCUCCUCAGCCUCCUGCUGAAGAAGAUGAAGAUGACUUUGAUGACACCCUUGUUGCCAUCGACACAUAUAACUGUGACCUGCACUUCAAGGUGGCCCGCGACCGGAGUAGUGGUUAUCCACUCACAAUUGAGGGCUUUGCACACCUGUGGUCAGGAGCCCGUGCCAGCUAUGGGGUCAGAAGAGGCCGUGUGUGUUUUGAGAUGAAGAUCAAUGAGGAAAUCUCCAUGAAGCACCUUCCAUCUACAGAGCCUGAUCCCCACGUUGUCCGUAUUGGCUGGUCCCUGGACUCUUGCAGCACCCAACUAGGAGAAGAGCCUUUCUCCUAUGGCUAUGGAGGCACACGGAAGAAAUCCACCAAUAGCCGAUUUGAAAACUACGGAGACAAGUUUGCAGAGAAUGAUGUGAUUGGCUGCUUUGCUGACUUCGAAUGUGGAAAUGAUGUGGAACUUUCCUUUACCAAGAAUGGGAAGUGGAUGGGCAUUGCUUUCCGGAUCCAGAAAGAAGCCUUGGGGGGUCAGGCCCUGUACCCUCAUGUCCUGGUGAAGAACUGUGCUGUAGAGUUCAACUUUGGACAGAGGACAGAACCCUACUGUUCUGUCCUCCCAGGGUUCACUUUCAUCCAGCACCUUCCCCUUAGUGAGCGGAUCCAGGGCGCUGUUGGACCAAAGAGCAAGGGAGAGUGUGAGAUUCUGAUGAUGGUGGGCCUACCUGCUGCUGGCAAGACUACAUGGGCUAUCAAACAUGCAGCCUCCAAUCCUUCCAAGAAGUACAACAUCCUCGGUACCAAUGCUAUCAUGGAUAAGAUGCGGGUGAUGGGCCUGCGCCAGCAGCAAAACUACACUGGCUGCUGGGAUGUCCUGAUUCAGCAGGCCACCCAAUGCCUCAACCGCCUCAUCCAGAUUGCUGCCCGCAAGAAACGCAACUAUAUCCUAGAUCAGACAAAUGUUUAUGGGUCAGCCCAAAGACGAAAAAUGAGACCAUUUGAAGGCUUCCAGCGUAAAGCUAUUGUAAUUUGCCCCACUGAUGAGGAUCUAAAAGACCGGACAAUAAAGCGAACCGACGAGGAAGGGAAGGAUGUCCCAGAUCAUGCGGUCUUAGAAAUGAAAGCCAACUUCACGUGGCCUGACGUAGGCGACUUCCUAGAUGAGGUUCUGUUCAUUGAGCUUCAGCGGGAAGAAGCAGACAAACUGGUGAGGCAGUGCAAUGAGGAAGGCCGCAAGGCUGGACCCCCUGAAAAGCGCUUUGACAACCGAGGAGGUGGCUUCCGGGGCCGUGGCGGUGGCGGUGGUUUCCAGCGCUAUGACAACCGAGGUCCCCCUGGAGGCAACCGAGGUGGCUUCCAAAAUCGAGGAGGAGGAAGUGGUGGAGGAAACAACUACCGAGGAGGUUUCAACCGCAGUGGAGGCGGUGGCUACAACCAGAACCGCUGGGGAAACAACAACCGAGAUAACAACAACUCUAACAACCGAGGCAGCUACAGCCGGGCCCCCCAACAACAGCCGCCGCCACAGCAGCCGCCGCCACCACCCAGCUACAGCCCUGCUCGGAACCCUCCAGGGCCCGGCAGCUAUAACAAGAACAGCAACAUCCCUGGCUCAGGCGCCAAUACCAGCACCACCACUGUCAGCAGCUACAGCCCUCCACAGCCAAGUUACAGCCAGCCACCUUACAACCAGGGAGGUUACAGCCAGGGCUACACAGCCCCACCACCUCCACCUCCACCACCACCUGCCUACAACUAUGGAAGCUAUGGUGGCUACAACCCAGCCCCCUAUACCCCACCACCGCCUCCCACUGCACAGACCUACCCCCAACCCAGCUAUAACCAGUAUCAACAGUAUGUUCAGCAGUGGAAUCAGUACUCAAACCAGGGCCAGUGGCCACCUUACUACGGGAACUACGACUAUGGGAGCUACUCCUGCAGCACACAGGGUGGCACAAGCACACAGUAGUAGCCACUGUGUCAAGAGGCUCUUGGAGGCCCCUGCCAGCUUCCUCCACCAGCGCCUACCUUGGCCCCUCCUCUGCCCCCACCAGGUCCUCUGGUGCUGGAGUUGGGGUCAUCCCAGGGCUGCUUCCCUUCAGCCCACCGCCUCCCCUCUGAGGGG